AUGGACCCCUCUUCAUCAUAAACUUAUUUAAAGAAUAAUGCAUUAGAUAAUUCCAAAUCUAAUGAAAAUAAAGAUGGCUCUCAAACUCAAGUUAAAUCUUAAACCAAUAUUAGAAAUGGAUAAGAAAAAAACGAUAUUGGCUAAUUUAAAGAUAGUGAACUCUAAUCAAUAGAAUUUAUUGCUGACAAUAUUAAAUAUCAACUAGAUCCAAGGUAUAUGUUAUGGUCUACUGAACUUUUAAAAUAAGAUAAACCUUAAGAUCCUCAUUCUUAUAAUUACUAAUAAGAAAACUAAUCAAUCAAGAAGAAAUCACAUAAAUUUAUGGAUCUAAAGAAAUUUUAUGAGCAUAAUAAAUCAACAAUAGAAGGUUUAAAUAAAGAACUUCAUGAUCUUGAGUUGGCUCGUCAAAAAACACUACAAAGAUUAUAUGAGGUGAGAUCGGAAAAAGAUAAAAUGAAGAAGAUUUUUAAAGUUGAAAGAUCAAAAACAGAAAAUUUAAAGGGUUGCAAAGAGAGAUUGGAUAAACUCAAAUAAGAAUUAGGUUUUUGA